GGAGUUGGUGUGCAGUGUCCAGACAGGAUGUGAGAGAGGAACUGGGGUCCCCAGUCACGGGAACUGGCCAGGGCUGCAGGCGCAGGGGACAAGGCGGCGGGUGCCCUCUCAGCAUGGAGGUGCCCUGGCCCCAGCCCUGGGCACUGGGUCUCCUGCUUGUCCUCCUGAAUCGGAGCUGGGGUGCAGAGCCCCAGCUCUCCCUCCUCUACCACCUCACCGCCGUGACCAACCCUGCCCCCGGCACCCCUGCCUUCUGGGCCUCCGGUUGGCUGGGUCCACAACAAUACUUGAGCUACAGCAGCCUGCGGCCAUGGGCUGAGCCCUGCGGGGCGUGGGUCUGGGAGAGCCAGGUGCCCUGGUACUGGGAGAAAGAAACCACAGACCUGAAGAGCAAGGAGAAGCUAUUUAAAGACGCCAUUCAAGCCCUGGGGAAAGAUCCGCAAGUCCUGCAAGGGCUGCUGGGUUGUGAACUUGCCCCUGACAACUCGUCGGUGCCCACGGCCAUCUUCGCGCUGAAUGGUGAGGAGUUCAUGAGGUUCAACCCCAGGAUGAGCAACUGGACGGGGAACUGGCCCGAGACCCUGACCAUUGGUCAGCUGUGGAUGAAGCAGGCGGACACGGUGUGGAAGGAGAGGGACUUCUUGCUCUCCUCCUGCCCUCAGCGACUGCUGGGACACCUGGAGCGGGGGCGCGGAAACCUGGAGUGGAAGGAGCCCCCCUCCAUGCGCCUGAGGGCUCGGCCCAGCAGCCCCGGCUUCUCCGUGAUCACCUGCAGUGCCUUCUCCUUCUAUCCGCCCGAGCUGCAGCUGCGAUUCCUGCGGAACGGGAUGGCAGCUGGCACGGGCAACGCCAGCGGCUUCGGCCCCAAUGGGGACGGCUCCUUCCAUGCCUGGUCCUCACUCAUUGUCAAGAGCGGUGAUGAGCACCACUACCGCUGCCUGGUGCAGCACAAGGGACUGGCGAAGCCCUUCUUUGUUGAGCUGGAGUCACCAGCCAAGUCCUCAGUCCCAGUAGCUGGAAUUGUCCUUGGCUUCUUGGUGUUUGUGGCGGCGGCAGGUGCAGGAGGAGCUCUGCUGUGGUGGAGGAUGAGAAGAGGGUUGUCAGCCCCUUGGAUUUCCCUCCGUGGAGAUGACGAUGACAGCCUUCUGUCCACUCCCAGCCUGCCACAGGAUGCUGACCCUCAGGACAUAAAUGUAUCAGCCUGACUGUCCCCCACUCUGGCUGCGACAAAUUAGUAUAAUCUCAUCCCGUUCAUGCUGUGAGACCCAAUCCUGGCAUCUCUGAGCCUCCAGAGGAGUCCUGGGCCCAAUGUCCUCUCUCUGGACCCCUCCUUUUGUGGCCUGCCUCAGUUUCCCCUCCUAAUGUAUAUGGCACUUUUCCAUGUCCACAUAUAACAUGAGUUUGGGCCCAAA